AUGGUGGUGUCCACAGUGGGGUCCAUGGUGGUGUCCGUGGUGGGGUCCAUGGUGGUGUCCACAGUGGGGUCCAUGGUGGUGUCCGUGGUGGGGUCCGUGGUGGGGUCCACAGUGGGGUCCACGGUGGGGUCCGUGGUGGGGUCCGUGGUGGGGUCCAUGGUGGGGUCCACAGUGGGGUCCACGGUGGGGUCCAUGGUGGGGUCCGUGGUGGGGUCCGUGGUGGGGUCCACGGUGGGGUCCAUGGUGGGGUCCAUGGUGGGGUCCACGGUGGGGUCCACGGUGGGGUCCAUGGUGGGGUCCAUGGUGAGGUCCAUGGUGGUGUCCAUGGUGGUGCCCCCCUGCCAAGCAUCCGGGCCUCUGGCUACAGCAGCCACCUCCUGA